GAGCAUGGUUGAUGCCAUCGCUAUUUGUGGGGCGGGUUUCAAAGCCCCUUCUGAUUUCGAGUUAAGUGGCCCAAUUUUGAUAGAAUUGGUGGCUGAUGUAAAAGCCACAUUAGAGGAUCAACGAGAGAUAUGGAAGAAGGGUUGCACCAUCAUGAUCGAUGGUUGGACUGAUAGGAGAAAUCAGACGCUCCUAAAUUUUCUUGUUUCUUCUGCAGGUGGCACCAUGUUCAUGAAGUCCAUUGAUGCUUCUACACAUUCUAAAAAUGCCACUUACCUAUGUGAGGUUAUAGAGGUCAUAUAUGAAGUGGGUGAGGAGAAUGUAGUACAAGUGGUGACCGAUAAUGCAGCAAAUUAUGUUGCUGCAGGUAAACUUUUGAUGGAGAGGCACCCAUCUAUAUUUUGGUCUCCAUGUGCCGCCCAUUGCGUUAAAUUCAUGUUGGAGGACAUUGGUAAGAUUGCAUGGAUUAGGACAUGUGUAGAGAAGGCAAAAAAUAUUUGCAAAUUUGUAUACAAUCAUGCAUGGGUCCUUAACUUAAUGAGGCAAUACACGGGGCAGAAGGAGUUGGCUCGUCUUGGAAUCACUAGAUUUGCCACUAACUUCAUCACACUGCAAUCCUUGAUUCGGAGUAAGGCAACUUUGAGACGUAUGUUUGUUGGUGAGGAGUGGACUUCCUCAUCCUAUGCUACUAGUGCUGCAGGAGUUGAUGUGGCAGAUUACAUUUUUGAUGAGCCAGGCUUUUGGACCCCUUGUGCUGAGAUUGUGAAGUUCAUUGAGCCCUUGGUAGUUCUCCUAUGUGUUGUUGACGGGGAGAAGCCCGCAAUGGGCUACAUAUACGAGGGCAUGGAUAGGGCCAAGGAGGGCAUCAGAUCUGCCUAUGAAGGGGAUGAGAGUAAGUAUCGUCCCAUUUGGGAUAUCAUUGACAGGAGAUGGUAGACCCAGCUUCACA